GGAGAGAGGGAGUGACUCUGCUGGGAAGUCGAAACCCACUCAGGAGGAGCUGUGACUCGCUUACUCUGCCAUGGACAGACAGGCUCAGAGCAGCUCUGCCAUGUGGGGAUGAGCUGGGAUGUAAUGAAUGCAGCUGGAUCUUGCUGGAGAAAGAAAAACAAGACCUGGAAAUUGAUUUAAAUUCCUGACAUUCCAGAAACCUCUUGUGAUCUAGAGCUGAACUGUUCUCACAUUGGAUUGCAGAGAAAUCCACCAUCUGAAGCCUUGAUGGAGUGAAUGGAAGUCUAACUGAUUCUCUCACGGCUCUUUGAAUCGAUCUCGAACUGACUUCAUUGACUCCUGUUUAGCUGAGUCUCUAACCACCAGGAACCCUAAUUAAUAGAUUUUAUGUUCAUUUACCUUGACACCUGAUCCACUGUGUGGGGACCCAGUUGAAUGAGUGUUUGACUGUCAGGAAAAGUUCUUUGGACACACAUCAGGAUGAGUAGAGCAGGGGACGUAGUGUGUGAAGGUUGGCUACGAAAAUCACCUCCAGAGAAAAAGCUACGACGAUAUGCAUGGAAACGACGUUGGUUUGUCCUGCGUAGUGGUCGACUAAGUGGAGAACCAGACAUUCUGCAGUACUAUAAGAACCAGCAUUCCCGACGGCCAAUUGGCACCAUCAACUUGAAUCUGUGUGAACAGGUCGAUGCUGGCCUUUCCUUCACAAAGAAGGAGCUGGAGAGCAGCUUUGUUUUCGACCUAAGAACUGAGGAGAGGACCUGGUACCUGGUAGCCGAGUCUGAGGAGGACAUGAACCGCUGGGUGACAUCCAUCUGCCUCCUUUGUGGCUUCAACCCUACUGAUAAUGUUUCAGAAAGACCAUUAGGCUCCAGCUCUAUCUCCACCUGUGUGACCACAACUAGAGGCACACCCACUAUCUCCAUGGUAACAGGGUCCAUCCCACCCCCGUAUGACCCUGUGGGUGUGCGUCAUCCGGAGCAGGAGAGCAGUGCAGAGGAUGACUACCUUUGGCUAUCAAACUGCCAGAGUCACAGCAGGCCUCCUUUGGGUUCAUCCACCUCUCUUGAGACAGACUACAAUGACAACCUCUACCCUCCUCCCUCGGCCACCUCUUCUUCCUCUUCGUGCUCCUCCUCUCCUUCCCUUCCUCCUAACAACCUCCCACCUUCAUCCAGUUCCGGCUGCAGGACGGCUCCUUGGACAGUGGCUGCGAUGACGAGCCCCCUCAGCCAGUCCCUGGAUGCCAGCAUGACUUCUGACUACCAGAAACGAACCGCCAGACCUCACUGCCACCCCUCCCCUCAUCCCAGAAAACACUCAUUAGAUUUCCACCUGCGUCCAGUGGCUGUACCACUGAGUGACGAUAACCACCCCAUCUCCAACAUGCAUCCUUUAAGUACCACAAGCGGAUACCAAAUCCCCCGUCCUGCAUCCACUCCACAGCCCUCCCACGCACGCCGCCCUUCUUCUACACCUAGUGUGGACUUGCUAACUCAGGCUGAGCUCCACACCACCAUCCCGACUCCUCCUCCCCCUCGGCCACCCAAGCCCUCUGCUGUCACACCACAUGGAGACAGCUCCACUGGGCCUGCCACACUACCAAGAGCCAACUCAGAACCGGCGAGGAGAGAUGAAUCCAUUAACCGAGGACAACUGAUGAAAGGUAGCGAGUCGAUAUUCCUUCGUCGGUCUCAGUCUGACAGGGCCAGCGUGUUUGAGUUCAGCGAGAGCUUCAAUACCUACUUUUUUAAUAAAGGCAUGGUGCCUCUGGGCAGCGUUUGUUCUGAAGAUGACGACGUGGGUGAAAACUAUGUUCCUAUGAGCGCUGCCACCAAUGAGCCACCGGUUGCAUCAAGGGUACACCCAGGAGGUCCAUCAGAUGCCAUUGCUGAGCGCCAAGAUGGCAACUACGUUCCAAUGACCCCAUUGACUUCCACCCUUCCUGCUUAUCCCAUUCCUACCACAGGUGACCUAGCAUUGCUAGGGAGGCAAGUGCCUCCACCUGCCCAUAUGGGUUUUCGUAAUUCCACAAUGACUCCAGUCAUUCCCUCUACACCACCACUGCGGAGGAAUACAAUAAACACCAGUGUAGGCGAAGUUGUGCCUCCUCCAAUCCACCGCAACCUGAAACCACAACGGAAAGACGUUUGUGCCAGUCAAGCUGUGGAGAAAAACAGCAAUCAGAGCCCUGCAGAGGCUACACAUAAAAUAAAAGUAAAACCAGCUCCUCUGGAAAUCACUCCAGUUUCUCACGACUGGCAGGAGGUCCCGCCUCCUGUUCGCUCACCUGUCACCCGAACAUUCACUCGAGGUCCAUCCACUUGUGGGUCACUUAGGCCGAGCUCUGCUCAAAGCUUGUCCGCUUCCUCGGAUUCUGAUGACCCUGACGAAAGCUACGUAACCAUGAUGACCUCCAACCUCAGUCAUAGCACUGGGGAGCAGUCUCUAAGGAUGAUGCUCCACCGGGUCUCCGAGGGUGGAGUCAGUAGUCCAUUACUACAAAGAGCCAAAGCUGAAAAACAGGUGGAGUAUCUGGACCUGGACCUCCAUACGGGACGUUUGACGUCAUCAAGACAUAAACGUUCCACAGCAGAAGGUGGAACCAGCAGCAACGAGCAAAGUGGAGCAGGUGAUGAACGAGCACGAGGAGAUCGCAGACGUGUGGACUAUGUGGUGGUGGAUCCCAAAAGGACCAAGGCCCUGAAGAACACCCGGGAAGCGUGGCACGAUGGGAGGAUGUCCACAGAAAAGGAGAAAAGCUAGAUACGCUGAAGAAAAAACCCUGAAGCAUGCCCGCUGUUAGGAUAAACCACCAUAAUACAAACAGACCCAAUUUUUUUGUUAGAAGCAAUAAAUCACUCUAUCUUCGCUUCUUGUUUUUUUUUUUUCCCUAAAAGUUCAACCAGAAUGUAAAUCACAAUCAGAUGUACUUUUUUAUGUCCUCCUUGUGAUAAAAGUAAUUUAUUUUUACUAUAAAGGGAUAAUUACACUCAACAGCCAUUUGUUAGAUGUUAGUGUUUGAGUAAACCUGUAACAGUGAAACAUAAUUUAACCAGUUUAGUGGUUAAAUUCACAAAUGUAAUGCUUGUAGUGUUGGCAAUACAUCUGUAGGAACUUGACAAAUAAAAGUGUUUUACUGUGAAGUAGAAGCAAUAAAGCCUUUUAAAAAUAAA